GCUUUCUCUCUGCCGGGAAAGAGGCGCCCUUGUCGCUCCUUCCCUCCAUCCAGGGGCCCGGGAAGGCGGGCAGGAGGAGGAAGAGGGGGCCCCCCUCCACCCCCCAAAGGGGCCAUGCCCGCCUCGGCUCCGGAGGCCACCGGGAGGAAGGCGCCCCCGCAGGAAAAGCAAGCGCGGGCCCGAGGAAGUGGGGCAUAGCUGGCCCGCCCGCGGUGGGCAGGGCAAGGCGGGGAGGCUUCCUUCCGGGAGGAAGAGGAACAGGAAGAGGAAGCCAGCCAGCGCGGGGGAAAAAGAGAGAGAAAGCCAGCCGAGAACUUCUUUCUUUCUUCCUUCCUCCUGCCUGUGCUUCCUCCUCCUCGGCGGAGACAUGUCGGAGGGCCCUCCUGUCCAGUUCUGUAUCAAGCAGGAAAGAAUUUCAUAUACCCCUCCAGUGAGUCCAGAAGCAAGUUACACUUCAUCGUCCCCACUACAUGUCCCUGUGUCUCGAGGAGCCAGAAUGGAGGAAGAUGCCAUCAGACUCCCGGCUCAUCUGCGAUUACAGCCCAUUUACUGGAGCAGGGAUGACGUGGUCCAUUGGUUGAAGUGGGCUGAAAAAGAGUUUUCAUUGAGACCCAUUGACAGCAAUACUUUUGAGAUGAAUGGUAAAGCGCUUUUGCUUCUCACCAAAGAGGAUUUUCGAUAUCGGUCUCCACAUUCAGGUGACGUGUUGUAUGAGCUUCUUCAGCAUAUCUUGAAGCAAAGGAAUUCUCAUGUCCUCUUUUCGCCUUUUUUCCACCCUGGGAGCUCCAUCCAUUCUCAGCAGGAUAUCAUGUUACAUCAAAACCAUGAUGAAGACAGCUUUAUCCAGAGACAUUCAAGACAAUCGAUGGAUGCAGUCCACCACAAUCCACCUACCAUUGAACUCUUGCAUCGUUCUAGAUCACCAAUCAGUGCCAACCACAGGGUUUCACCAGAGAUUGAGCAGCGGUCAUUGAAAUCACCACUGGAGAACACUAUUCGUCGUCUCUCACCAGCUGAUAGGCUCUCAGGGACAAGACACAACCAAGAGAACAAUCACCAAGAGUCAUACCCUCUCUCGGUGUCUCCUAUUGAGAAUAACCACUGCCCUACCCCUUCUGAAGUGCUUCCAAAGCCUUCCAGUCCGCGCCAAGAAAACACCAGGGUGAUUCAAUUGAUGCCCAGUCCAAUCAUGCACCCUUUGAUACUGAACAGCAGGCAUGAUUUCAAAGCCUCAAGAUUAUCCGAAGAUGGACUGCACAGAGAGGUGAAGCCCAUCAACCUGUCGCACCGUGAAGAAUUAGCGUACAUGAACCACAUCAUGGUGUCUGUCUCCCCUCCAGAAGAACAUGCAAUGCCAAUUGGGAGGAUAGCAGACUGCAGACUCCUUUGGGAUUAUGUCUAUCAGCUGCUGUCAGAUCCCCGGUACGAAAACUUCAUCCGAUGGGAGGACAGGGAAUCCAAAAUAUUUCGAAUAGUGGAUCCCAACGGGCUGGCCCGGCUGUGGGGAAACCAUAAGAAUAGAACAAAUAUGACAUAUGAGAAGAUGUCUAGAGCCCUGCGCCACUACUACAAACUAAAUAUUAUCAGAAAAGAGCCAGGACAAAGGCUUUUGUUCAGGUUCAUGAAGACCCCAGAUGAGAUUAUGAGCGGCCGCACUGACCGUCUGGAACAUCUUGAAUCUCAGGAACUGGAUGAGCAAAUCUACCAGGAGGAUGAGUGCUGAAGAACAGUCCUGUGCUUCACUUUGGUCUGGGGAAGAGCAGAUGGUGUGAAGACACAUUCUGGUGGAAAAUGACACCACAGGAUUAAGCAUUUACCGUGGACACGAUGCCAAACCCCAGAGCACCUCAGAACAAAACCGUGGGCUAAGGUGGUGUUGGCAGUAGGAUUUGGAAGAGAAAGACGGAGAGAGAGAGAAAGAGGGAGAGAGACAGGAACACCGCUCUACUAUAUUGUUCAUUUGUAAAUUCUUCCUGUUCUUGGAGUGUUCUUUGUUUUUGUUUUUUUGUUUGGCUAGUUUGGAAUUUCCCCCCUUUAAUAUCAUGCCAUUUGGCCUUUUUAAAAUGACUGUUAUAAAGCAAAAUACUUGGGUUUUGUUAAUCCUGAAGGCUUUCCUAUGGAAAUGUAGCACAACUGUUUCUUGCAGAGCAUCACAAUAUGAUCCUGGCAUAGGAGCAAACCGUGAGAAAUGUCACAGAGGUGGUGAAAUCACAAAAUGUCUCCAGUUGCCUAAAUUGCUUGUAAUCACUCUUAACUCACAAAGAGAAUCGGUUUUGGACCGCAAUAUGUUGUGAAGGUAAUAAAGAAAUGAAGAGGGCCCCUCCUGUUUGUAGACCUGAGACACUGAAUGGCAUAUCUUGAGCUGAUGUUGAGUCUUCAGAGAGGCAGCUUAUCCCCAGAGUACAAUGACUUCAUCCACGCACGCUAGAACCUCUAAUAAAAUGCAGAAGACCCCCACUUUUCCAGCUUGAGCACGAUUUAAAUACAUUUUUCCUUGACUAAAUUUGUCAAGCCAGCACCAGAAUAUUUUCAGUUGCAAGUGGGAAGUUUCUUUGUGCUUGUGUGCACUCAUGCACAAUACUCAACUAUCACUAGAAGCUGGAUAUUGAUUUUAAAAAUAAAAAGAAGGGUUUGUGGCCUUCAAAAUAGCAAUUUAGCUUUUCAUUGACUAGCCCGUGCUUGCCUGAGAGGCUGUCGAUGUGAGCAAAUGUGCUAGAAAAUCCACAUGCUGUAUUUCUUCAGUUGUAAGAUGCCAUCAUUUGUAAGAGGCACCUUAAUUUGUGUGUAUGUAUAUAAAUAUUUGUGUGUGUAUGUGUGUGUAUACAGGGUGAGGCAGCAUAACUUCUUUUUUUCAAAACUUAAUAAACUCAUUGUAUGAAUCAGGAAAA